AGAACAUAUAGAUGCAUUAGUUGUAAUAGAGAAGUGGAUGAUGUUUUAGUUUUAUCAUGUAAACAUUUAAUAUGUCUCGUUUGUGCUAGUUUACAAUUACAAGAAAAAUAUGAGAAAUUUUUGAAAGAAUUUUCGAAUAAAAAAGAAAUAAAUGAAUUGGAAAAUUAUAACAUAAAUCAAUGUUUUAUUAAUUCUAAAAGUACAAAAAAAGCAAUUAAUAAUGAAAAAAUAGAUAUGAUUUUUAAAAAAGAAAAAUUAAGUUAUAUUACUUGUUUUAUAUGUGAUAUAAAAAAUAAACUUACCAUAGAAACAAUUGAAGUAUUAACAAAAAUUGGUUUAAUUUCUUCUAACGUUUUAAAUAUUCACACUUUAUUCUUCAAUUCAAAUAAAAAUGCACAAAAUAAAAAUAUUGAACUUAAAGAAGAAUAUAUUAAAGAAAUGGCAAUACAAUUGAAUGACACUUUUAAUAGUGAUUAUAUGAAAAAUGAAGAUCUAAAAAAAUUAUUGAUAUCAAGUAAAAAGUACAAUUAUAUAGAUGAACAAAUUGAUGAUUUAAAUAAAUAUUCUUAUAUAUGUAAUAUCUGCUCAUUUAAUGAAGCAGUAAUAUAUUGUAAAGAUUGCGUAGAAUACUUAUGUAAAGAAUGCUGUAAUAAUAUUCACGAAUUAGAUAUUUUAAAAAAGUUAAAAAUGAAGAAUCAUAAAACUCAUGAUUAUUAUGAUAUAGAUAAAAAAGUUGUUAAUCUUAAAAAAAUAGUUAAGGAACCAAAGAAGUUCUUAAAUAUAAUGCAAGAAGAUAUAGAAAUAAUAAAUGAUACGAAUGAAGAAAGUUUUAAUGAAAAAGAUUUUAAAAGUAAUUGCAAAAUUUAUGAUGAUGAUUCAGAUUUUGAUAAUUAUGAUGAAAAACAUUUUUAUGAAAGACAAAAACGAUUUAUAGAAAAUGAACUAAUAAAAAAAAAAAAUAUAACUAUUUCAAAUAAUUUGAAUAAUUUAGUGGAAGAUAUGAAAAAUGGGAGCAAUUAUGAAAGUGAGAAUUCUUCUAUUAAAGGUACAAUAGGAUCAGCUUGUGAGGCAAAUGUAAAUUUAAUAAACAUAAAAAAAAAAAAAAAAAAAAAAAAAAAAAAAAAAAAAAAAAAAAAAAUGACGAAAAUAUAUAAAAAAUUAAAUAGUGAAAAUGAUAUUUUACAAAUAAAAAAAAAAAAAGAAAAAAAUAAUGACCUAAAUGAUAAUAAUGAAGAGAAAGGAGAUAUAUAUCGUCUUACAAACAAAAGUGCAUCUACUAUAUCAAGUGAUGAAUCCAUAUAUUAUAACUCAGAUAAAGAGAUAGGUAUAACAAAUAUUAAAAAUGUUUUAAAUAAUAAUUUAGAAAAAACAAAUGAAAAUUCCAUUAAUAAUAAAAAUUUUACAUCAAUACAAAAUAUUAGGUGUCAUCAACAUUUUAGUUAUCCUAUCCAUUACUUCUGUCACACAUGUUGUACUAAAUGUUUUUGUUCAGAGUGUGCUAUUAAUGGAAGUCAUACUAAUAAUUGUAAUAUUGAAAAUAUAAAUAAUGCUUUUAUAACAAUUUUAAACAAAUACUUAAUUAAAUGGAAUGAAAUAAUAAGUGAUUUAAUAAAUGAUUUAGAUAGAAAUUUUUAUGAAUCCCUUGAAGAUACUAAAAACGAAUGGUCAUUAUUAUUAAGCGAAUGUUAUUGUGAUUUAAAUAGUAAGGUAAGUUAUAUAGUUAAUAAUUUAUCUAAAAAAGAAAAAGAAAUAUUUCAACAAUUUGAUUCUUAUAUGGAAAAUUUCAAAAAAGAAAAUUUAGAAUACAUAGAACUUUUAGACUCUAAAUAUGAAGAUAUUGAAAAAACAAUAAAUUUGAUUAGAGAUAACAAAUUUCAAAAUAAUCCAAUUAAUAUAAUUAAAUUUUAUCGUAAAAAUAUAAAUUAUAUAGAUAAAACUAUUUUAUUAAACGAUAAUUUUAAACCAAUAGAAAAUUUAUCAAAAAUUAGAGAAAGUAAAAUUUUUUAUAUGGAUUUAUACGCCUCUCAAAUAAUGAGUUAUUUAAGAUAUUUACAAUCAUUCUUAAAUCAGAAUAAUUUAAUAAGUUCAUCGUAA